GAGGCAGCCACAAAGGGAGCGGCCCAGACUCUCUGGUGUCCUCACAGAGAAGCACUCAACCUCUUCCCUCUCUGCUCUCCGUCUUCUCCCCCUCCGCUCGAUUCCUCCUCCAGAGGGUGACGACGCCCCUCCGUCGGCGCCAUGGACAACUUCCAGCCCGUCCUGCGGUUCAUCAUGAACCAGAAAGCCACCAUCGGCUACAGCUUCAUGGCUCUGCUGACGAUCGGCGGCGAGCGGAUCUUCUCCAUGGUUUCCUUCCAGUGCCCCUGCAACCGCAACCAGAACUUCGCCUACGGGCUGACCUUCCUGCUGGGCCCGGCGGCGGUGCUGCUGGUGAUGGGCCUCUUCUUCAGCACCGGCUUGUGGAGGCUCUACACCGGCUGCUGCCUCGACGCCACCAAGCUGUGCCCCAGGGGGAACUGCUUCGGCUGCCUGCGGGCGCUGAUCAGCAUCCUCACCGGGGCCUGCGCGGCCCCCGUGAUGUGGCUCUCGGUGGCGCUGCUCAACGGGACCUUCUACGAGUGCGCCAUCAGCGGGCUGAGCGAGAACUUUGUGGUGGAGCUGUUCUGCAAGAACAAGACCGUGACGUGUCAGCAGGAGCUGGCCCGAGUGCCCUGCGACCGCACCAGGCUGUCCAAGGACGAGCGCAUGGAGCUGCUGCUGAUGUUCAGGGCCCAGUCACAGAUCCUGGGCUGGUGCAUCAUCAUCGUGGCGGCGUUCGGGGGCCUCGUCGGUACCUGCUGCAAAAACUGCCGCUCCAAGGUGAGCUUCCUGCAGCUCACCUUCUGGAAGCGCUACGUGGAGAAGGAGAAGGCGUCCUUCGACAGCUUCGCGAUGGACUACGCCGAGAAGCUGGCCAAGAGGAACCUAAAGAGCUUCUUCGAGAACAAGGAGCCCGAGCCGUUCUCCUUCCCCAGCCACAAGGCGUGGGAGGAGAUCUCGGCCCACUACACCUUCUCCAGGAGCGAGCAGUGCUACAGCACCCUGCAGCAGUACGUGGAGAGAGACCGGGACUUCCCACCGGAGAAGAGACCCGUCAUGGACCCGGACCAUGGAAUAGAGAUGCUCUGACCGAGGCCAGGAUCCAGGAACAGCUGUUACUGCCAAAAUGCAAUGGUACAUCUUUUUCUCAGCACAUGGAAUGAUGAAGGGCAUAACCACUGUUUUAUCCCAACUAGCCCUCCCAUAGAGACACAUUUAAACAGUCGGGGACAUUUCUAUUUUGUCAUUUUGUUAUAUAUAUAUUUAUAAAUAUAUAUAUAAUAUAUAUAUAUAUAUAAAUUGAUAUAUAUAUAUAAAUAAAUAUAUUUCUAUAUAUAUAUAUAUUUGUAUAUAUAUAUUUAUCUAUAAAUAUUUAUAUAUAUAGAAAUAGAAAUAUAUAGAAUUAUAUAUUUAAUAUAUAUAUAUUUAUUCGUGACAUUAGUUGUUAUUUUAAAUCCUGGCUUCGGCCCAGUUAUAUGUGAUUAAAUUAAAUAAGUUUUGUAUCGCCCAAAGUCACAAAUUACAAACUCCCCUCAAAGGGCUUUACAAUCUGUACACACACGACAUCCUCUGACCUUUGACCCUUGAGGAAAAAGUCCCCCCAAAAAGUUUGUGAUGUAAUGAAAAAUGAAUAAAGAAACUGACAAAAGGUUGAAAAUAAAGUCCAGUGUAACAG